CACUCCACCUUGACAUCUGAUUUAUAUAAAUCCUCCUCUCCUCUUCCUCCUCACUGCCAACAAAUCCUUUCUCAAUGGCGACGGCUGCGUGGCUCCGAGGCAUUCCCAUAGGCCGAGGCGCAACCGCCACAGUCUCCGUCGCCGCCGCUUCCACCGGCGAACUUUUCGCUGUCAAAUCAGCUCCACUCUCCCACUCAGCCCCCCUACAACGCGAGCAGAGUAUCCUUUCCUCAUUGAACUUUCCCUCUAUCCUCUCCUGCCUUGGCUUCGAAAUCACCAAGGAAGCCGGCGGUACAAGUUAUUUCAACCUCUUUCUGGAAUAUGCCGCCGGCGGCUCUCUUUCCGACGAUAUCAAGCGGCGAGGCGGUCGACUCAACGAAGCGGACAUCCGUACCCGCGCCCGAGAUAUCCUCUCCGGCCUUGCUCAUCUCCACAAGGCUGGCGUCGUCCACUGUGACGUGAAGCCGGGGAAUGUCCUGAUCGGAUCCGACGGUCGAGCAAAGAUUGGGGAUCUGGGAUGCGCGCGAUGGAUUGCCGACGGCGAAAGGGAAAUAAGAGGGUCACCGAUGUACAUGGCGCCGGAGGCGGUGAGAGGACAGGAGCAAGGGACCCCUGCGGAUUUAUGGUCGUUCGGUUGUACAGUUAUUGAAAUGGCUACCGGCCGGCCGCCGUGGCCGGAUGUCACCGAUGCGUUCGAAGGGAUUAGUCGGAUUGGGUUUUCCGGCGAAGUCCCGGCGAUUCCAGAUUGUUUUUCGGAUGAGGCGAAGGAUUUUGUAAAUAAUUGCUUGAAGACGGAUCCGAUGGAGCGUUGGACGGCGGACGAGCUUCUGCGUCAUCCAUUCGUUGAAUGCUCGAGUUCUUCCUCUAAUUGCACGGAUUUUAAUUGGAUUUCGCCGAAGAGUACUCUGGAUCCGAGUUUAUGGGAGUCUACUGAAGAACAAGAGGUAGCAGAUGAAGAGGAAUUCUCCAAUGAGCCGGCGGCAGGGAGAAUCCAGGAACUUGCGUCAGUUUCUUCCACCCCUAAUUGGACUUGGGAUGAAGACUGGGUCGAAGUUCGGAAAGUAGCCGGAGAAUGCGCUGCGAAGAAAGAAGUCAUCUCAGCCAUUGACGUCGCCGGCGGCCAGAUGGGGGUUACUGAUUUCUUGAUUUCCGAUGAGGCCGCGAGUACGAGCGGCGGUGAGGAAAUCGUGUUUCGUGUAGAUAUCGUGUCGAAUGAAUCACGGGUAGGUUGUGGAUGGGAGGAGGGCCAUACUGAGCUGAUUCGGGUUUCUCCUAAAAUGGGAAUUGUAGAUAAUAGAAAAGGUUAUUAUUGGGGCUUUGUAAUUUGGUUCCUUGCUUCAUUUCUUAAGUUGACAUUGUGUGUUUGGCCUUUCUAUCUUGUUUUAUUCUUGCUUUGAAUAGUUUAUAUUUGGUAGUUUA